GACAAUUAAUUCACUAAAUAAUGAUUGUCUUAUAAAUAUAUUCAAGCAAAUUCCAUUAACAGAAAUGCCAAAAAUAGAAUCAAUUUGUCAAAGUUGGACUGACGUAUGCAACAAAUUAUACUGGCCAAAGAUAAAAUAUUUUUUCUUUACUGGACAUUUUUUAUCGAGCCAUUUAAAAGGUAAAACAAUUAUCAAACAAUUAUUAUUUCGAUUUGGAAAAUACGUGACGAAUGUAUCAAUUGAAUCCCACUAUUAUUCAACAAUAUUAUUAUUAAAUUUUAUGAAAAAUUAUUGUCCAUUUAUAUUGGACAUAAAAUUUACAAUAAAAAAAACGAAUAAUACAGAAUUACGACAAGCAAUUGAAAGUAUUAAUUCACUCAAAAUUUUUAAUAUUAAUGAUGAUUCAAUUGAUGACGAAAUUACUGCUGAUAGUAAUGAUAAUUUUUGGGAACCAAUUUUGCUUGAAAUACCAAAAGCAGUUGAAGGUCUUGAUCUUUACAGUGAUGACAAUCCAACACCGAGAAUUGAAGAUUUUAGUAUUUUGAAAAGGUUUUAUAAUCUCUGUCAAUUGAGUUUACAUAAAGAAAUACUUGACAGCAAUACAAUCAAAAUAAUUGCUGAUAAAAAAUCAUUGAUUAAUCUUGAAUUGAUUGAUUGUAUAUUUCUUGGUAACACAGUGUUUCUAUCAAAUUUAACAAAUUUAAAACAGCUGACGUUAAUUAAUGCCGAGAAUUUUGAUGAUGAUACAAUCAUUGAUAUUACAAAUAAAUGUCAUUACAUACAAUAUCUGGAUUUAUCAAUGUGUAAUGAUUUUAAUAAUUCAACACUCAGACAACUGAGUAAUUUAGAUAAACUUCAAGUGUUGAAUUUAAGUGGAACAAUAAAUGUUGAUGACAGAAUUUUUUAUCAUAUGUAUCAUUUAAGAAUACUUGAUUGUUGGGGAUGUCAAGAUGUCACUGAUGUUGGUAUUGGGAUCGUUUUAGAUCAGUGUGUUAAUAUUGAAAAAUUAUAUAUUUCUAAAACUGGAAUAACACAUGAGAGUAUUAUAAAUGCAGCUAAAGUUAGUAGAGAUCGUAAAAAAAAUAUUGUUUUAAAAAUUUAUAUUUGUGAUUCAAGACAAUCCGGUAUACCUGGUUACGGUCAUGUUAAAGCAGUUGUAACAGAAAUUAGUGGAAAUCAUGAACGUGCUGUUGAAAUAUUUGAAGCAGCACACAGAUCAGGAUUUAUAUUGUUUGGUUGUGUUGUAAUUGGUUCACCACUUGGUGGUGUAGCUGGUCUUCUAGCAGCAGAUUUAUCAUCAUCAAUGUUUGAGCGUAGACAUGUUGGUGUCAUUGAACAUGCUUUUCAUAUUGAAAAUAAAACAGCAAGUCAAAAUAUUGAUCUUGUGUUGGAUUUAACACUUGCAGCAACUACAACAACUAAAUUACAAGCAUCUGUUGUUCCUCAUCCACGAAGAAAAUUUUCAGUUGAAUUAAAAAUGAAAGAAAUUGGUGAUCCAAUUUUAAGAAAUGAUCCACGUUCAAUUACAUCACAAAAGUCUGACGAGAGCCUAAAAUUAUUGAUUCAACCUUAUACACCAAUGGAUCAUGCUAAAGAAGAUAAAUUACAUAAAAAUAAAACUAAUUAA